AUGGAGGGGGUGGGAGAUGUUCGGUGGAUCUCAAUCUNAAUACUGUCAGAAAAUCAAGUGUUCCGGAUUCGAUCGGCCAAGCUGGAGGAUUCCGGGCGUUACAGUUGUCAUGCUGUUGGUGGAUUCGGUAAAAAGUCGGCCGAGAUUGCUGUCCGAGUCAUCGAUCCUUCAUCUUACGUUGCUCAACGCGAAUGCAUGCUGGACGCGAAUGGUGUCAAUCCAGACGGUAAGGCUUUUCCGUCUUUUCUCGUCCAAGAUGUGAAAUACCGUUUUUCUGACGUGUUCAGCUCAUAG